AUGUGAUAUCCUUUAUAUCAUUCCACACCAUUCACCUACCUCGCUUCCUUUUUCUUUCUUCCACUCAAACUGAACCAACUCAACUCAUCCAGAUCUCAAUUUCUCAACCAAAAAUGGAAGCACUUCUUUCCCAAUUCACCUUCCUCUCAGACCAAUCUCUCCACGACAAAACCUUCGACCCGUCCACAAUCGAAGACCUCAUGAAGCUCUUCGAGCUCGAAUCCUACAAAGCCUGGGCCGCCGCGGAGCUCGAGCAACAAACAGAAUUCGAAGAAACCGAACACGCCAUGCAAGAAGCCGAGGAGCAUCUCGAUUCGGUGAUGCAAAGCGCCAUGGACGAGUUCGCAAGAUUUGAAGAGGAGAUGGAGAGAAUCUCGAGAGAUGAAGUGGAGAGCUUGGUUGAGAGUGGUGAGAGAGCGAGGAGGAUGGGGAAUUUGAUGGAGAAAAGUGCGGCUGUUGCUUCGAAGAAGUAUAUGGAAGCGGCUUUGAAUUCGGCUACUGCUUCUAUGAAAUCGGCUUGGAGAGGAAUUUCUUCAGGAAAGGUUCAUCCAUCUUGAUUGAUAGAUAUGUGUUUACUGUUUAUGCAUCUGAAAUAUAUUUAUGUAUCUAUCAUCUAUUAUCUAUAUAUCUAUAUGUGGCAAAAAUUGCAUUGAAACUAAUCUACUAGUGAAAAAUAAAAAUAGUUUUUAUUUA